ACAAUGUAGGCCCGGGUCUGGGUGACCAGCGGUGGUGUGGAAUGAGUUACAGUAAGAGAGGCCGCGUGCUGGGCGCGGUUCCACGUGGCCGGAUUAUCGGGAUUCGGGAGGGGAAAGUCUGCGCCAUCAAAUUUAGUGAUCUCGCCUGCUCUUCCCCAACCACCAGCUCCUAACCGAGUUCCCCUCCUUCUGUGGCCAUCUCGCCGCAGAACACGCGCCCAACAAUCGCACACCCUGGAUUCUGCACCUAAAUGUACAUUUGCCCCAAGCCCACAAGCCAGAAAACCAGCAGAUGUCUCGUAUGUCGCCUCCUCGUCCCUAUACCGCAAAAUCCGUCGCCGUAAGCAGCUACAACCCCUCGGCGAACGACGACGAGGACAUCGACCUCGACCUCUGUCCAGUGUGCGACGGCGAGUGCACCUGCAACAACAACAAGCCGCCCCCCGCGCGCGUCUUCCUCGCCCCAGCCCACGAGAAUCGCACCAAUGUCCAUGCACCCACCCCGGAGCCCACUCCCUCCACGUCCGCCCCUCCCACCCCCAAGCUUCCCUCCCUCAAAAUCAAGCUCACCGUGCCCCCGAGUCUUCUCGACAAGCGGCGCGCGACGCCCUCGAGCAAACACGGCAAGCAUCACCAAUAUCACCAGGCGGUCAGCAACGUCGGCGCCUCCACCUCCUCCCAGCCACCCCCGAUCGUCGACCUAGCGAACAUGCCGAAGCGCCGCGGCCGCCCCACCAAGGCCGUCGUCGCCGCGCGCCUCGCUGCCGCCGCGCAGGCCGGCUUUACUCCCUCGCAGGCCGCGGCCCGCUUGCGCCAGCCCGCGCCCAAGAAAAUCUUCCAAGCCGGCAAAACGUACCAGUCGACCCUCCCGCGCCCCAAGUUUCCGCCCAGAGGCACGACCGACAAGAAGGGGAAGAAGAAGCAGGUGUUCGUACCCAAGAAGCGAAGGCGGGUCGUGUCGUCCGGCGAGUCGUCAUCCAGCUCAGACUCGUCGGACGAUGAAUUGCACGGUGCGGCGGCUUCGGAUGCGUUCCCCACAUUUGUGUCCGCGUCGGCGAUCUCGUCAUCAGGAGGCUCGUCAUCGGACAGCAGCAGUGAUGGCGACGAUAGCUCGUCCCCCUUGUCCGAAUUUGACUCGGACGACUCGAUCGCGGAAGAGGAGGAGAGCUUCAUCGUGUCGGAGGAGGCGAGAACGAGGGAGAAGGCGCGAGUCAAGAGGGAGCUCCUUGGUGAUGAAGGAAAACGACGCGAUCAACGCAACGGAUGGGUCAUCCGUUCGCGGAUAAGGAGCGAAGGACCGAGCGACGAGGAAAUGGCCGUGGACACCGACGCAACGGAGGACGAUGAAGAGCAGGGAAUGGAAGCCGAUGAAGAAGAGGAAGAAGAGGAUGAUGACGACGACGAAGACGGGUCCUCUCGUGUCGGCGAGGGAUACGUAGGCCUCGCUACUGGCUGGUCGGACGAUGAGGAGGAGUCAAGCUUCGACGCUGACCUCUUCUUCGCAAGCCUAGAAGCAUCCGACGAUGACAAAGACACCCCUGACGCCAACGACUCCGAUGCCACCAUGUCCGUGGAUGAGGAUGAAGACGCGGCUGCGCGUGACAAUAUGCCCUUCGAACUCGCCGAGGGCUGGAAUGGCGAGCUUCUAUUCACUAACGGCGCGCUACCCAGCGCAGAGCACUUGUACCAGCUCGAGUUCGAGACGACCGACGCGUCUGCUGCGCCCACCAGCCCCAGUCCCAGUCAGAGCGAGGACAUGGACACUACGGAAGGCGAAGAGGAUGGGUACGAGCAGGAUGUGGACGCUUACGAAGGCGAGGGCGAGGGCGAUACGACCGACGAAGAACUCGUGGGCGAGGACGAUCUCCCGAACGAGCGCGCGAUGCAGAUCUUCAGCUUCCCGCCCAGUGUCUCUGCCAUCAAUCCGCUCUCGACCAUGAGCCCCGUUGUUUCUCGCACCCGUCCGCGGCUUGGCGCCGGCGUCGGGGGCGUCGACUCCCUCAGGCCGGCUGACAUCCUCGCGGGCCGCGCGCUGUUUGGUGCCGAGUUCCCUGGAGACGAGUCGGACGAGUUUGAUGAGCCCGAUGUGCGGAGCCCCUCGCAUGGCAGGAGCACGUCGAGUGGGCAAGAGGGUCCACGGGAGGGCGCGUUCGAGAUGGUGGUGGGCACGAAACAUGUAGUGAUCGACGACGCAAAGAACAAUAUUCCGUCGCCGCAUCCGAGGAUUGGAAGGGGCAGGGGCAGGGGCAGAGGUAUCUCUGUUUCGAGCCUGUCAGGAUUGGGUCCAGCGGAGGGGAUGGAGGCAUUCCUUCGCCAACUUCCUUCCCUCCGUCCUUCGUCGGUCCCAGCCCCCGCACGCCUCGAGCAUGUCUUCUCGGGCUCCGAGAGCGAAGUGCUCUCACCCGAACCUUUCCGUGCACCUAUGCAGCUCGACAGCGCCUUUCAAGAUCCUGCCAACUUCCAGGAACCCAUCGAACUCGACGACGUUCUCGACAGCUCAUUCAUGGACGCUGAGAGCCCUUGGGAAGACGCGAGUGGCACUGACGAUGCACACCCCGGUGAUGGGCGACACCUCAAGAGCCUGCGGCGGUGGGACCUCAUUUCGGUGGGCGCGUUCAGACAGAGUCAUGGCGCGGUUGUCGCCGGUCGCAGCGAUGCGCCUGGAUGGACGUCGGAUACGGGCGAUUUGUCGGGCAUGAUCCGCGCUAGCCCGAUGCGGCAUCAUCUGCUGUGGGAAGAUACGAGGCGGCGCGCGCCUCGCUUGAACCAGUCUAGGCGGCACGAAAGCCCUGACCGCAAUGGUGACCGCACGCCAACGCAGGGUAUGGACACGACAGUCGACGGAGGGCAACAGUCCGCUUCUGGCCUACCAUCAGGCAUCGUCCAAUCCCCCACCCCCAACACCAAUUCAUCACCGUCCCUCGACAUCAUCCAUCACCUCGAUGCCAACCACUUGAAGACCCGCAAGCAGCUCCGUCAAGAGCGGAAGAUGAAAGGCAAGGCCUUGGCCGCGCAGAACCAGCAGCAACAGCAAUACUCGCGAGGCCAUAGGCAUCAUCUGGGUCACCAGGUUCAGAAGCAUCAGCGGCAGCACCAUCCGAACAACAAGUCGCGGCCGAUGAAUGGGGUGCAGAGGGGGAUGGGAAAGGGGUUUGGGUCGAGCUCGCCGGUGCCGUCGAUCUAGGUUCGCUCGUUGUCGAGACGGAUUCUGUGUCGCGCUGAGGAGGGAAGUGGGGGAAGUGCUUUGUGUAUAAUUUCGUUGGCGUUUACGGACGUCAUUUUGACUUUCUUUAUUCUGGCCUAUUUACUGUAAUGCACCCGCUGGCGGCGGGCGCUGC